AUGGCACCCCGACGCGACUACGAUAUUGUCCUGUUGGGCGCGACCGGCUACACAGGCAAACUGACUGCCGAGUACAUCACAACCAGCCUUCCCACCAACAUCAAAUGGGCCGUGGCCGGCCGUAAUCAAUCCAAGCUACAGUCACUGGUCAAUGACUUGAAGACUCUCAAUCCGACCCGCGACACCCCCGAUAUCAUCAACGUGGCCAAUCUCACUACCUCCGAAUUGAGUCCUGUCGCCAAGAAGACCAAAGUGCUGCUCAACACAGUUGGCCCAUACUAUCUCUAUUCAACUCCCGUGGUCGAAGCUUGCGCCCAGACAGGAACCCACUACCUCGAUGUCACGGGCGAGACUCCCUGGGUGAGAGAGACUAUUGUCAAGUAUGAGCAGACGGCCAAGAAGACCGGUGCCGUCGUCAUCCACGCCCUCGGCGUCGAAUCCGCCCCGUCAGAUCUCGUCGCUUUCGUCGCCACACGCCUAGUUCGUAAGGUCUGGGACUGCGGCGUCAUGGAUGUGGUUGGGUCGGUGCACGAGCUCAAGUCCUCCGGCCCUAGCGGAGGCACCCUUGCCUCAGGUCUGAACCUCAUAGAUCACUACUCGUGGAGCGUCGUCAAGAAAUCCAGCGAUCCAUUUGUGCUCUCGCCAUCUCAACUUCAACCCUACACGAAAGAAACUAUCUACCCUCGCAACCCGGAGCCGAACACAUAUUCGCGUACAGCCCUGCAGAAGCUUACUGGCGUCUGGUCAUAUCCUCGCCUGGGGACUUUGACCACUUCGAUCGCUGCCAAAGCCAACGAAGCGAUCGUCCACCGCUCUGCCGGCCUCACUCCGUACUUCUACGGAUUCAACUUCACCUACGAGGAGUACAUGGCAGUCGGUAACCCUGUUGUCGGCGUGUUGGUCCACCUGGCGAUCAGCAUUUUGGUUUUGUUGAUUGCUUUUCCCCCGACCCGCGCCAUCCUGAAAUUACUCGCCCCUUACAAGCCCGGCGCUGGCCCAACCAAGGAAUCGUCAAAGGGUGAUGUGCUCGAACUGCGCGCCGUCGCCGUCGCGGAGCAACUCGCCAAAACUCACCGAAAGGCCCUGGCCACUUUCCGCUACGAAGGCGGCUUGUAUCAUCUCACCGCCAUCCUGCUUGUCGAGGCCGCCGCAGUUCUAUUGGCCAAAGAAGAGGAUGUUAAAAGGGCCCACGGCGCCGGUUUCUUGACUCCUUCUUGCUUGGGCGAUGCCUAUGUUGAGAGACUGGAGAAGGCUAACGUCAAGAUCGCUGUUCAGCAGAUUGGCGACGUGGGCAGCAAGUAG